AUGGAGCAGAGGUCGUCGAGCAAAGCUCGACGCGGUGGAGGAGGAGCCAAGGGUCCGCUGCCAGUGCGGACUGACAUGCCGGACCGGCAGCGGAAGCGGCACCAGGUCAUCAACGAGAUCGUCAACAGUAAGGGGAUAGUGACGGCGGAGGAAGCGAAGCUGAUGUUCUCGAACGUGAAGACGCUGCUGGCGAUCAACAAGACGCUGCUGUCCGACCUCAUCGGGCGUGUUAAGGCCACCCAUGGCAACAACCUCGGCGACAUGAAGGACGUUGUUUCGCUGAGUCACCGCAUCUCCUCUCCUAGCCCUCCGCACCAAGCCUCGCUUUCGCUUUCGCUUUCGUUCUUUUGUUCUUGCGGACAUUAA